AUGUCUCUGUCUUUUCGGUACUGGAUCAACCCCAACUACCCAUCCGUUUCUACAGAAGACCCAACUCCCGAUUGCUCGGUCUCGUCGAAAUCGAGACCGAAAGCGUCGAGGAUUCACAACUGCUUGAAGAAGGUGAGGCAGCUCGUUUCGACCCGUUCGAGCUUCGUCGCGUCUCUGUUCGGACGCGGGAAAGCAACGAAAUUCGUAACUCCCGCCGUUUCGACGGGAGAAACGCAGGGUUUCACCUUUGAUUUUGUUCCAGCUGCUGAGACCUAUGACUAUGAUGAGUUUUCGCCGCCGCUUGUAUACGACGUCGUGGGAGUAGAUUCGUCCUCCGAUUCCAGCUCGGCCGCCGACGAGGAUUCCACGACUCUGUCGCUGCCGUUGGCGAGUCUUUUCUUCUUUGAAGACGUAAAGUCGGCACUUGACGUGGAGAGUCCCGCGAAGAAGAUGAAGAAGGCCGUCGAACAGGAAGAUUGCAAAACGGAGCGGCGAGUCUGGGAGAAUGCCAGCGUGGAGGAGGAAACUGAGUUCUUCGAGUACUACAUUAAUAAAGUUUACAAGGAUCCAGAAGCUAUAAUGGCGGGGUUCCCAGAUGGUCGUCUUGCUGAAUGGAAUCGGCUCCUUGCUGGCGCGAAGAAGAUUGGAGAAAUACAAACGAGGAGAAGGAAUUGCAGAUAUGGUGGACGAAGGACACAUUCUUUCUGUUUUAGUUUACAUAACACUCCUUCUAGCUACAGUAGCAACUCUGCAGGUUUUGACAAUCUGAAGCAGCAAUCAUCCAUAAGCCACAAGCUGAGUGGCCUUCAGGAUUUGUAUGACUGCAUGGACAAGUUGCUGCAACUAAACCAGAAGGUAUCUGAAUUCGAGGAAGCUUGUGAAGAAAGACAAUCUAGAAGUUCUUCAAGGGCACUACUGAAAGCAGGAAAUUCUCCACCUCGCCAUCUGAUUGAUUGUGAGAUCGUCACAUUGCUGAGAGAAGCUGAACCUGUCAGAGUUGCAGCGUUGGAAUCCCUACUUUCGUUCAUUUUCGGACAGAGUACUGGAAAAUCAUCAGAGUCAAGCAGCUGGUCAAUAGUUUCCAAGCUGAUGAGAAACCAGAAAAGGGUUGCAGUAGAAGCUGAAGAUGAAUUUGGCUGUGCCACCUGGAAGACUGACGAGGAAGUCCAAUUUCAGUUGAAGAAGUUGCAGGCAUACAUUUUAAGAUCUUAA